CUUAGGUGUCCUCAUGACUCCUCUUGUGGACCAUGUCCAUGAUCUUUUUUGCUUGUGUGGUACGGGUGAGGGAUGGACUGCCCCUCUCAGCCUCUACUGACUUUUACCACACCCAGGACUUUUUGGAAUGCAGGAGACGGCUCAAGUCAUUAGGCUUGCGACUGGCACAGUAUCCAGGUCGAGGUUCUGCAGAAGGCCGUGACUUCAGUAUACAUUUUUCUUCUUCAGGGGAUGUGGCCUGCAUGGCUAUCUGCUCCCACCAGUGUCCAGCAGCCAUGGCCUUCUGCUUCCUGGAGACCCUGUGGUGGGAAUUCACAGCUUCUUAUGACACCACCUGCAUUGGCCUAGCCUGCAGGCCAUAUGCUUUUCUCGAGUUUGACAGCAUCAUCCAGAAAAUAAAGUGGCAUUUUAACUAUGUAAGUUCUUCUCAGAUGAAGAACAGCUUGGAAAAAAUUCAAGAGGAGCUCCAAUUCCAGCCUCCAGUGGUUCUCACUCUGGAAGACACAGACGUGGCAAAUGGGAUGAUGAACGGUCACACACCGAUGCACUUAGAGCCUGCUCCUAAUUUCCGAAUGGAACCAGUGACAGCCCUGGGUAUCCUCUCCCUCAUUCUCAACAUCAUGUGUGCUGCUCUGAAUCUUAUUCGUGGAGUUCACCUUGCAGAACAUUCUUUACAGGUUGCUCAUGAAGAAAUUGGAAACAUUCUGGCUUUUCUUAUUCCUUUUGUAGCCUGCAUUUUCCAGUGUUAUUUGUACCUGUUCUAUAGUCCAGCCAGGACUGUGAAGGUGGUGCUGAUGCUGCUCUUUAUUUGCCUGGGCAACAUGUACCUGCACGGGCUGAGGAACCUCUGGCAAAUCCUUUUCCACAUAGGAGUGGCUUUUCUGUCUUCAUAUCAGAUACUGACAAGGCAGCUUCAGGAGAAGCAGUCUGACUAUGGAGUGUGAAGAUGACACUGUGUGAUGAAUGGAUUUUUUUGUUUUCUUUUGAGGAUCCAUGUAGGUUUCCAUUUCUGCUUCUCUACUUUACCUCAAGUUUCCAUCCUUGGAGUUUUUUUCAACAAAACUGGACGGACAAACCAAGAAUUGGGAAUUUUUGACAGUUGCAGUGGAAGUCAUGAGGUCUAUUGACACCUAGUCUUGGUUUUGUGUUGAGUGUUACUGUGGAGUCUCCAAUUCAACUCAUUUAGGAUAGCAGAAUCUAGGGGCUUAUCCAGAAAGAGCUUUAUUAGAAGAUCAAAAUGGAAAUAUUUUGAUAUUUUAAAUUGAAUAAUGCAAUAAAUGGCUAGAUUCAGUAA